AUGCGCCAAGCAUUGUGGGGCGAGUACUACUACAACCACAAGAGCAAGAAGAUCGUGAGCAAACCGCCCACGUCUAGUAGCCAGACGAUGUUCUGUUCGUUCAUUCUCGACUUGAUCUGGACGACGUAUACGACGAUGACGAAGCCGGUGCAGUCGGAUGCGGACUUGGACGUGUUACGGAAACUCACACGACAACUUCGGAUUGCCAAGCUGGUUUCGGAUCGUGAUCUGAAGCAGACGGACCGGAAGAACGCGACUCAAGCGGUGAUGAGGAAGUGGCUGCCGUUGUCUACGACAGUGUUAAAGAUGGUGACGCGCGUUCUACCGAGUCCAGUGGCUGCUCAAGUAAAACGCGCCGACAAGUUGUGUACGAUCUCGUCCGACAAAUCGCUUCAAGUCUUCCGGUCUUUGCAAUCCUGUCAGACUUCGGAUGAUGCGCCGCUUGUUAUUUACAUUUGCAAGGUCAUUUCAGUGGAGGCCAAUGUGUUAUCGGAUUAUCACCAGUCCGGACUGGCUGCUACAGACGAGGUCUAUGUCGGCGUGGGUCGGGUGUACUCUGGUGUGCUUCGAGAAGGCCAGCCGGUGUAUGUGAUGGAUCGUAAGUUCCAAGGCGUAUCUGGAGACGUGGAUGUGGAUACAGUGGACUUGAAUACGGUGAAACACGUCACACGUAUUGACAGCGGGGUGGUGAAGCCGUACAUGAUGAUGGGACGUGAUCUACACAAGCUGGAUCGUGUUCCUGCUGGUAAUAUCAUCGGUAUUGUCGGUCUUCAGGAACAUGUUUUGAAGACGGCGACGUUGUCGUCAACCCUGGCCUGGUCUACAGCGUUUGUAUCGAUCUGA